UUAAGCCGUCGAUAUUUUAAGGGUAGACCAGGGACUACUAUACUACUGUACUAAUAAACAUUGAUUAUUUUUGCUUAUUGUGUUUUGUUAAUAAUCACAUGCAACUACUAGAAUUUUCUCGGUUCUUCUGUUUGAAAUGACUUUAGAAGAUCCAUUUUACGUCGUCAAGGAUGAGGUGUUCAAGGCAUUAAACAAAACACGAGGCCUUUAUUUACGUUGGCAAGAACUAUCGAAAUCACCCACAGUGCCUAACAGCCCAGAGGUUGAGUGGACCUCAACAGAGCUAAAGAAUGCAUUGCGUAGCAUUGAAUGGGAUUUGGAAGACUUAGAAGACACAAUUAGUAUAGUUGAAAAAAACUCAUCAAAAUUUAAGAUUGACAACAAGGAGAUUUGUGAGCGAAGGGCAUUUAUAGAGGCAACAAAAAAAGAAGUAAAGGUUAUGAAAGGCAAAAUGACAUCGAACAGGAAGAAUGAUAUUGAUGGCACUGCCAGGGAGCCUCUGCUAGGUGAAGAGAGUCCAAUACAUUUUGGUAAUUUCUGGGCAACAACACCUCAGAAUUCCAGAUAUUCCAGGCUUGCAAAUCAGACUGACAGCCCUCCACCAUUUGAUAUGUAUGAAAGUGAUAUAAUGUCUUUGCAAGAGGAAAUGCUAAUGAAUCAAGAUAAUCAGUUGAAUGUUAUCAGUAAUUCUGCCGCUAAUCUGAAAACAGUUUCUAAGCAAAUUGGCAAUGAGCUUGAUGAACAAGCUGUUAUGUUGGACGACAUGAAUACGGUAUUGGAGAAUACUGGUUCCAGAUUAGAUUCAACUGUUAAGAAAGUGGCAAGAGUCCUUCAGAUGAACAAUGAUCGACGUCAAUGGCUGGUUAUCCUCAUUUUAAUUGCACUUCUUCUUCUUAUCUUAUUAUUGUUCAUAAUUCUUUAAAUUCUACACAAAAUUUAAUCUAAAUGUCGUACAGUUAUUCUUGCUAUUUAUACUGUAUCCAUUUUAAUUGUAGAUUUCUAGGUAAUUUUUAGAUGUGAAUUAUCAUAUAAAUGUAUAAUUUUACUUCUUUAUUUUACAAUUGUUAGCAAAUGGCUGGAAUACUUAGUAUGUUUUAAGUAAAAUACGCAAGAUUGUGACUACAUCUCCACUAUGUUCAUAUCUUAAAUUACUAUUUUACCCAUUUACUCUUUAACCAUUUCAAAUUCUUAGCAUAAUUAUUUUUUGUUAUUUCAUAAUUGUUAAAUCUCUUUCAACGUAUAUUUUAAUUGAAAAUAACUUCUUGGGCUCAUAACAUAUAGGGUGUUUUUUUAGGAUUGCUAGAAAUUAACGUAUUAAAAUUGUUACUAAACCAUUCCGAGACUAUGUAGUAUCAAAUUAAUGUUUUUAGCUUUAUAUUAACGCAUGAUACUAGGAUUUUAUGAAUUUAGACGCGAGAUAAGCUUGUUCCGUGAAAAAUGUGAACGUCAGUGCCUUUAUUUUUCUUCGUGACCUUGAGAUGUCACUGCCGGAAUACCUGUACAUAUUUUCAUCUCUUUCAUUCUCUUUGAGAAAAACGGAGACAACAUAAUGUUUGUAGGUGUUACUGGAAUCGAAUUAAUUUUAUAUUGUAUUAAUUUAUUUCUUAUACACUUGAGCUUUAAUUUAGGGAAAAUAAUUUUAAUUGUA